AUGUUAAACAUCUCCGAAAUGAUGUUCGAAUCGCUACGAGUACAAUCCGAAAGCUACAUGGUCCACAAGUCCUUUCCCCAACAACUGAAGAAGCGCAUCUUCAAGUACUACGACUACAAGUACAACAACAAGUUUUUCUCCGAGCAAGAGGUCCUGGGCACUCUGAGCGAACACCUGAAAAUGGAAGUUCUUCUUUAUAGCUGCCGGAACCUGAUCCAACGAGUGCACGCCUUCAAGGGACUGACUAGGUCCGACGUGGGCUGCAUCCUUGCGCAGUUGAAACAAGAGAUUUUCGUGCCGGGAGACACGAUCCUGAAUUCCACCGAGGACACGGGAUGCAUUUACUUCAUUCUUCUUGGGACGUGCGGGAUAAUAACGCUUAGAGGGAAGGAGGUGAUACAUAUCGAAGACGGCGAUUUCUUCGGAAACAUCCUCGAACCGAAAGAGUUCGGGGCUGAAAAUAUUUUGUACUCGGUUCUGGCUCUGGAGAUGGUCGAAGUGUACAAGUUGGAACCGGAGGAUCUGAAUUACUGCGCCAGGACGCAUCCCCGGAUUAAAGACAAGCUGGAGAGUAUAGAAAAAGCGAAAUAUCGCCGGUACAUUAAUUUGUUCAGGGCAGAAGAUGAUGAAGACACGACGGGGGAUAUUUUGCGCGAACUGAGGAAAAAGAAGAUUUUAGAGCAAGGGUUACACAGGAGCUUGUUUGAGUAG